GGCAGAGAGAGAGAGAGAGAGAGAGAGAGAGAGAGACCAGGCAAGUUUCGUAACUUGGGGAACUUUUGUGGAGCCAUCGAUCAGCGGGGCCGUCUUGUUUUUCUGAGGACGGAUGUCAGUGACACAAACGACGGCCGGUCGCCUGCGUCACUCUCAGCCGCGCGGACUUGCUUAAUUGAUUUUUUAUCAUUGCCGUUCAGCAAGGCAGCUCUCAAACUACCAUCCCUUCUCCAGGAAUAGACUGUACUGCGAUACCACCAUCUGAAAAGAGCCUGCCCUGUGCAGCCAUGCUGAUGUAUGAUUACCCUUUGAAGACAGACAUGGAGACGUCACUCUACCCUUCAUUAGUGAAAACCUCGGAGGCCUAUGGAGUGAUCUUCUCUCACCUGGCUGGCACAGCCCACCUCUACCACGCCCCCCACACACACACCUUCAGCCAGUCCCACCCCACGAGCAACCCCACACACACCCAGCUCGAGCCCGUCGACCUUUCCGUCAGCAAGCGCUCCUCCUCCACCUCUUCCUCCUCCUCCCCUCCCUGUUCCUCCUCCUCCUCCCCCGCCUCCGCUCGUAGCUCUCCGCCUUCCCCCUACAGCUCCUGGAGCCGUGCCUCGCCUCGCCUCUCCCCGCACCAGACCCAGCCGCCACCACAGCCGCAACGCUCCUCACCCUCCCUCACGCUCCCGCCGCCACCUCACCCCUCCUCCCUGCCCUACUCCGCCGUGCUGACUCCUCUGAUUGGCUCGGGCUCCGGGGUCAUCCAGGAACCAAGGCUGAUGCUGUCUCCGGUCAUGCUGCAGCCGCUCUCUGUCCUUUACCCUCCCCACCUCCACUUGCACCAGCCAAUCAUGGUCAGUCCCCCCGUCGCCAGUGAUGACGAGCAUCACCAUCAUCAUCAUCACAGCCAACAGCAGCGGCAGCAGCAGGGAAGCAGGGAGCACAAGACAGCACUCUCGGCAAAACCCCUGGAGCUCCGAGGCGACGCCCAUGACCUGCAGAAGCCAAUCAAAACAGAGCCUCGCCCUGAGCACGCUCACGACUCCUACAGCAGCCACGAGAUGACCUCAUCAGUCAUCAGGAUACCAAACGACUACAGCGAGGUAACACCCUCAGUAAUCGGCCAUUCAGGAACAAAACAUACUCUCCCGUUGAUUCCCAUGACUCCCUGAAAAAAGCGGAGAAUCCACCGCUGUGAUUCGGAGGCUGCAACAAAGUGUUACACCAAGAGCUCCCACCUUAAAGCACACCGCAGGACACAUACAGGUGAGAAACCCUACAAGUGCAUGUGGGAGGGCUGCACGUGGAAGUUUGCCCGCUCCGAUGAACUGACGAGACACUUCCGCAAGCACACAGGAGUGAAACCAUUCCAGUGCCCCGACUGUGAACGCAGCUUCUCCCGCUCUGACCACCUGGCUCUGCACAAGAAACGCCACCUCCUGGUGUGAAACACACACACACACCUACAGGCAGGGGGUACGGACGCCUCCGCACAACUUGAAAGAAGCUCGGUGGUGGAUGCAAUGUGGGACUGUACCACUCUAACUUGAGGAGUUAAAGAGCUGGCCUUAACCAUUGGACAUGAUGGGGUGUGGGGAAAUGUUCCUCAGGGUGUAAGCUAAGACCCUUUCACCUCACAAGCCUGAUUGUGAGCUGGUGUCAGCCUUCUAACCAUCACACCAUCUAUCCAUCCUCUUCUUCCUCACCCAUCCAAAUUGUUGCUGUUGCACCUCCUUCUUUUUUUUAAAAAAAAAAAUCUCUCUGCAGAUUCAUCAUCAGCACAUUACCAACAUCAAGAGACAGGAGGGGAGGUAUUGUUGUACCUGACCUCCGAUCGGUUGCAAAGGGUCCAGCCACUUAUAGCACAAGGGGGCUGCAGCGUCUCAGCUGGACUGAGACCGGCGCCCUCGUGAGGCCGAAGAACCAAACUGCAACAAUCCCGACUCUGCACUCUACAGCCUAGAAAACAACAUCCAUCCGUCUGAGACACAAACACACACACACACAGCAUACUCAAGCUUCUUUUCUCCAUACAUAACCUCUCAUUUCUUUAUGUGCAGAACAAAAUGCCUUCAAGCUAUCACAUUCACACCUAAAGACUGGGGACUUUCAAACACACACACACACAUCUGAUUACUCUCAACCGCUAGCUAUGCCAAUAUAAUGUGAAACUUCCAUGUUUUCCUAUCCAGGAAAGUUUUCAGAAUGUAUAGUCUAUGUCAUAACAUACCUACAUGUUGUGUCAUGCAGAAUUUCAGCUUGUUUUCAUCAGCACUGCUACAUGUGACAGGACGCUAAUGCUAACCCUUCCUUCUUGUACCGCUCCGGCCUCCAUACAGCACCACACACCUCAUCUGCCUCUACCAGCUCACAUCAUGAAGUGACUUUAAACACAGGUAGCUAAUACUUGCUCUCUCUCUCCCUCAGACACACACAUAUGCAUGCAUUCACACACAUAAACACACACAAAUGCACAUACAGCAGAAAACAUGCACUUAUUAAAAGCAGCUCAGCCUUGGUCUUGUGUGCUUUUGGUAUUUGGGUUGAAAGGGGACGUUCUUGGAGUGAAGUGUCUUUAUCUUUUCAUUCAGAAAUGUGAAAGCUAAAUUCCUACACAAGGGCAUUACUGUUUCAUGAGGAAAGACGCCUGUCAUUUGGUUCAAGGGUAGAAGCAACGUCUUGCGUCUAUGUCUUAGCAUUGUCUUGUAUCAAGUGUAUCUUUAAUAUGAACUAUUUUUGGUUUGUGAUGUGACACAGUGGUAUUCUUUUCUAUUCUAUGACACUUUUUAUAUGGGAAAAUACAAAGUGCAAAGCAGGGAAAGUUGCUCUUAAUGUUUUGUUUGCAGGAGCAGGUGAAGGGUUUUAUUCCAACCCACAGUGUAAGACAUCCAUUUUGGAGAGAAAACACCAAUUUGUCAACACUCAAAAUUGCAAUAUUUGCAAAUUAUUCCAAUUUUAUAAAGGUAUUACAGGAUAUACGCUUCUAAGUAGGCCAUAAUUUGUUUUAUUCAUGCCACCGUUGCGAAAGCAAACGAGUAGGUGCCUCUGUUUUGGAACAAAGCUCUUAUCAACUUCUGGUGAACAAAAAAAAAAAAAAAAAAAAAAAAAAAUUUGUACAUAGCGUCUUUGUACAUGUCUCCAGGAGAAUGUGCACUUUAUAUACAGUAUAUAAACAUUCCCAAAGCCAAACAUUUAGCAAGUCACAUAAAUUUUAUUCUAUUGAUGCAUCUAUUGGUCAGUUUGAUUGGAAACCUUCAGCAGGGUCAUUGAUGGGUUCAGUUAUGUCAUAAUCGUGUAACACCAGGAGAGUGCGUGACCUGCUUCUCAAUUUUCACACUCACACACACACACACACACACACACACACACACACGCACACUGACACACACAUGCACACAAACGCACAGAUUGUAGCAAUUCAGCUGAUCUACAUCUGCUCCUGGAUACUCUUUACGGUUUUGCUUGUAUAUGUUUUUUGUAUCUCUGCAAAUUCUGUAAGUUGUAAUAUAUUUUAUAAUUGAUCAUUAGACUGAAAGGGCAAUUAAAGGUUUUUAUUAAGCAUGAUUUUGAUACUCUCAUAACAAUGGAUAUUAUACAUUUUUAUAAAGUUGUGGCUAUAAGAAACCCUAUCUCUUUUAAUCUAAGUUGGCAAUUCAAAGGGAACGUGUUAAACUGUGAACAUAUACUGUACAGGUCUAUUUGCAGUUUUGCAUAUUAUUUUAAAACAAAAUAUUCAUACCACUUAAUAAACUUAUUGAUAAUA